AGAAAUAGCUGGUCGUCUAUAAUUGUUCUAAAAUAUCUCGCGGUGUUGCUGGGUCUCAUGUCGUGAGAAGAAAAAACAUGUUCGUGAAGGCUGCGCACAAUUUCACCAAGAAGGUCGGUUUGGCUCCUCCGGUCACGUGGCUGCGAUUCUUUCCUCAUUACAAAAAGGACACGAUCUUCCGAUUUGACGAUGAGGAGGAAGACAUUGUUGCUCUGACGAUCGACGACGGGCUCUGUAGUUUUGGUGAUGUCCCCUCCAGUGCGGACGCGGAUGAACGAGAAGUAGAUCGAGAAGAUACGAGGAGAAGCGAGCAAGACGCCGAUCUGAAUGCGCAGAGGAGACUCGGAGAGAGGAGAAGCGAAAAAGAAGAUGCGAGGAAUACUUCUGCGGAAAAGGGAGUCGAACAAGGAGACAGUGCGGGUGAGAAAAGAAAUGAAGAACAAGAUGAAGAAGCCACUUCUUGUUCACAAGCCUCUUCUUGUUCUUGUUCACACCCGCGACUGAAUAAAAAUUAUCCAGAUGAAGAUGAACACCAAUCUAUGGCUCCAGAUGUCCUAAACAUUCUCGCCAAGUACAACGCGCGCGCAACGUUCUUUCUUAUCACAGA